AUGGCUCAUAGAAUACUGAGAGAUCACGACGCUGAUGGCUGGGAACGCUCCGACUUCCCAAUCGUCUGCGAGUCCUGUCUCGGUGACAAUCCUUAUGUCCGAAUGACAAAGGCGAGUUACGACAAAGAGUGUAAGAUCUGCACCCGACCAUUCACUGUCUUCAGGUGGAGACCCGGCCGUGACGCUAGAUACAAGAAAACCGAAAUUUGUCAGACUUGCUGCAAGCUCAAGAACGUGUGUCAAGUCUGUCUCUUGGAUCUUGAGUAUGGUCUUCCCGUUCAGGCCAGAGACACUGCUCUCAACAUCAGUACUCAUGAUUCCAUCCCAAAGAGUGAUGUCAACAGAGAGUUCUUUGCCGAAGAGCAUGAUCGAAAGACGAGAGCUGGACUAGAUUAUGAGUCUUCGUUUGGGAAGAUGCGUCCAAAUGAUACCAUUCGUAUGCUUCAAAGAACGACGCCGUAUUACAAGAGGAACCGCGCACAUGUUUGUAGUUUCUUCAUUAGGGGAGAGUGUACUAGAGGUGAAGAGUGUCCUUACCGUCAUGAGAUGCCUGAGACUGGAGAGUUGUCUCAGCAGAAUAUUAAAGACCGUUACUAUGGUGUGAACGAUCCGGUAGCGUUGAAGUUACUUGGAAAGGCUGGCGAGAUGAGCACAUUGGAGACUCCAGAUGAUCAAAGCAUCAAGACGCUUUACGUUGGCGGACUAAACUCUAGAGUCCUUGAGCAAGACUUACGAGAUCAGUUCUACGCCUAUGGAGAAAUCGAGUCCAUCAGAAUCUUGGCGGAGAAGGCAUGUGCGUUUGUCACUUACACAGCCAGAGAAGGAGCGGAGAAAGCUGCGGAAGAGCUAAGCAACAAGCUGGUUGUCAACGGUCAGAGGCUUAGAAUCUCUUGGGGAAGACCUCAGGUUCCUAGAACCGAUCCGGAUGGCGGCGGCGGGUCGCAGCAACAAGGUGGUGUGGCUCACAGUGGAUUACUGCCUCGAGCUGUGAUAUCUCAGCAGCAUAAUCAACCUCCACCGAUGCAGCAGUACUAUAUGCACCCGCCACCACCACAAGCUCCUCAUCAAGACAGACCGUUUUACCCAUCGAUGGACCCUCAGAGAAUGGGUGCAGUCAUUUCGUCUCAGGACAGUGACAACAGAGGAGCUAUGCCUCCACAUGGGAAUUAUCAGCAGCACCAGCCAUACCCGCCACAGCCAUAUGGAGGAGGGUAUAUGCAACAACCUUACCACCAUGGCCCACCACAAGCUCCUUAUCCUUAUCCGCAACAACAACAACCGGGUCCUGGUUCAAGGCCUAAUCCUCCUCCUCCAGGCUCAGUCUCUGCUCCACCACCUGACUCUGUUUCUAAUGCACCAUCAGGUUCCUCUUCUCAGCAAUCGACUGCUGUUACUGGUUCGUCUCAAUAGAAACCGUUGCCAGUUAUUUGAAUUUUUGCUUGUGUUAUUUAAAUAGACCCCAGAGAUCACAGAGUAUGCUGUUUAUUGUAAGUCAUGAAACUGCCUUGGUUAUUAUUUGUUCUCUUCUAAUUUUUUUUAAUUAACGUCAGAGUCAAGUA